AUGAUGUGGCCAUCCUUACUGAAGUACUAUACCCAAACAGAYGGUGUUAGCUGGCUUGAAGAAUACAAAGCGCGGCACAACGCUGGAUUAGAAGCCCAGAGAAUUGUAGCUUCGUUCUCCAAAAGGUUCUUUUCUGAACACGUCCCCUGUGAUGGAUUCAGUGACAUUGAGUCUCUUGGGUGUCCAAGUCAUUUCUUUGAGGAUGAGCUGAUGUGUAUCCUCAACAUGGAAGGACGGAAAGGUCUCACCUGGAAGUACUAUGCAAAGAAAAUCCUAUACUUCCUGCGGCAACAAAAUAUAUUAAAAAAUCUGAAGGAGUAUCUUCAGCGUCCUACUGAUCAACAAUCAUUUUUAGAGGGUGCCGUUUUGAUUGACCAAUACUGUAACCCUCUCUCAGACAUCUGCUUAAGGGGUGUCCAGGCGCAGGUCGAGGAUAUCGCAGACCAAGUGCGCCAAGUCCUGCGGACAAAAAAUCCCAGGCACCCUAGCCUGGCUUCCAAGGCAGAAGAGCUCUUGGUUCCAGAAGUGGAGCUUCAGCGGCAGGUGCUUGAUGCUAUGAAUUGUGUCCUGUAUGAGCAGCUUAAAUACAAAGGAAAUGAGCUGGAUUACUAUAACUCCCUGAAUUCAUACAUUCACCAGGUUUUGAUUCGCAGGACAGGAAUUCCCAUCAGUUUGUCUGUGCUUUAUUUAUCAAUUGCCAGGCAGCUGGGAGUCAAACUUGAACCAGUCAAUUUCCCCAGCCAUUUUCUGCUGCGCUGGUGUCAAGGGAAGGAAGGGAGCACAGAUAUUUUUGACUACACCUACAUCGAUGCCUUUGGCAAAGGGAAGCAGCUGACAGUGAAGGAGUGCGAGUACCUCAUCGGCCACCACGUGACAGAGGAGUUCUAUGGAGUGGUGACUUCAAAGGAGGUCUUGCAGCGGAUGGUGGGCAAUCUCUUAAACCUUGGGAAGCGAGAAAGCACUGAUCAGUCUUAUCAGCUCCUGAGAGACUCAUUGGAUCUGUACCUGGCCAUGUAUCCCGACAAUGUGCAGCAUCUAAUGCUCCAGGCAAGAUUAUACUUCCACCUGGGAAUCUGGCCGGAAAAGGUUCUGGACAUCUUGCAGCACAUUCAGGCUUUGGACCCAUCCCAACACGGGACCGCUCGAUACUUAGUCCAGCACACCCUGGAGCACAUUGAGCGGCGGAAGGAGGAGGUGGGCCCCGAGGUGAAGCACCGAGCRGAGGAGAAGCACAAAGAAGUCUGCUUUUCUGUUGGGCUGAUUAUGAAGCACAAGAGAUAUGGCUAUAACUGUGUGAUCUAUGGCUGGGAUCCCACCUGCAUGAUGGGACAUGAAUGGAUCCGAAACAUGAAUGUCCACAGCCUUCCACAUGGCCCUCACCAGCCUUUCUACAACGUGCUGGUGGAAGAUGGCUCUUGCAGAUACGCUGCUCAAGAGAAACUGGAAUAUAUCUCUGAGCCUCGGGAGAUCCCUCAUCCUGACAUCGGCCGUUACUUUUCCGAGUUUACCGGCAUUCACUACCUACCAAAUACCGAGCUAGAAAUUCGGUACCCAGAGGACUUGGAGCUCACACGUGCCACAGUUCAGAAGAUCUACAGUUCAGGCAAGGAGUGAGUGAAAAAGACACUGUGAGAGCAGAAGCAGCUGGAAUGUAGCUCCGUCCUCUCGGCAAGGCAGGCGCGGGCACCGUCCUUAGGCCUGACGUGCUGAGAGCGGCGCUGCCCCUCGAGGACAGGGCCGCCGCAUCUUCCCUGCGCCCGCGCCGGCCCGGAGGCGCAAGGACG